CAUGUGCACCUGGUAUUUUCACUGCAACAAAUGUGCCUUUAGCCACUAUAGUAUCUACAAAUGUGACCGCUUUUUGCCAUUUAAGCCUAUUUUAAACGAAUUGUGCAGUUCACUGUUUUAACAGCAUAUUUUGACAUCUUACGUCAUUUUCGUUACGUCGACAGUAAAGGGACGUCAUAACGUCGACGUUCAAACAGAACGCUAGCAACGAUCUUAUCUAGCUGUAAACAAACACGCACAGAGAAUGUUUCGGAAUUUUUAUGCAGAACAGAAUAUGGCAGACCCUAGAGACAGUUGGUAUAAGCCAAACCUGCUCUACAAUAUUCAUUACAAACCACCUAUCCCUCCAACACCGCCAAAGAUGAUUGUAAUUACAAGGGAGUUCAACCCAAGUGUAUGUACCUGCGGUGAACACGGGUGUGACCCACAUUACAGGAUGGAGAAGGAAGUUGUUUGGUCAAGUAAGAAGGCCAGAAACGAGGCAGAGAGGGAGCUAAAGGAAGAUAUUCAAGCUGAGAGAGGUGCCAAGGCGCAUAGGGAGCUAAAGGAAGAUAUUCAAGCUGAGAGAAUUGCCAAGGCGCAUAGGGAGCUAAAGGAAGAUAUUCAAGCUGAGAGAAUAACCAAGGCGCAUAGGGAGCUGAAUGAAGAUAUUCAAGCUGAGAGAGGUGCCAAGGUGCAUAGGGAGCCAAAGGAAGAUAUUCAAGCUGAGAGAGGUACCAAGCCACAAAAGGAAGGCAUCGUUGGCGUAGAUGAUGACAGUGGCGAAGACGAGAUCGAAGACGACGGUCCCAAAAGUAAAGAUGACGAAGAAUGGAAGGUGAAGAAUGAUACCACAAGCAGAUGCAGUGACAGAGAUGACCUUUUCAAAAGCUUUCCUAGAGUGGAUGACCUUUCACAGCAUACUGACGUGUUGCACACAAGUGAUACUUCCGUUGAACUGGAAGAGGCAGAUAACGAAGACUUUGGUUCAGCUUUUGGCAUCAUGAGUGUGUACUGUGACAGUGAACUGCAUACAUGGAAGAAUGAGUUAACUGAUGCUGUGUGAAAUAUUACAGAAAAUAAUUCAUCAAAAUAUUUUGUUUAACUUUUUAUGUUAAAAUAAAUGUUUCCAAUUUUA